CAGGUGAUGUAAAAUGCUGGAGAUAUCAACGCGGGCCGCGGCGGGAGCUGAGGGCCUCCUCGCCCUCUUGGCUGUAGCGACGCUGUGCAUAAUGUGUGUCUCUCCUGUACAGGCCAGCGAGAUCGAGGGCUCGACCCCGCCAUGUGCGGUUACCGAUGUCCCGCCCACAGCGGACCCCAGGUUCUUCCUAGAGUCCUCUGACAAACAGAUCUUGGACUAUCUCCUACACAGCAGCAGAUAUGACAAGAGAAUACGACCACUAGUAAAAGACGGUCCACUCAGUGUCAACGUCAGUGUCUUGUUACUCAGGCUCGCUUCGCCUGACGAAUCCAGUCUGAAAUACGAGGUGGAACUCCUUCUUCACCAGGACUGGAUAGACCCUCGCCUCAAGUACGAUGACGCUGGACGACAUUCGUACCUCAGUGGGAUGCACCACAUAGAUGAUAUCUGGCUGCCUGACACAUACUUCAUCAUGCACGGAGAAUUCAAGGAGAAUCUAUCUAAAGACAAGAUCGCCUUAAAGAUAUACAAGGAUGGAAAAGUCUCCUACACUAUGAGGAAGUACCUGAUACUUUCGUGCGAGGGGAACCUUAACAAGUUCCCCUUUGAUGAUCCAAAUUGCACCUUUUCCAUGGAGAGCAUAUCCUACGAGAAGAAAGACUUGGAAUACCAUUGGCUCAACGACACUGGCAUCGAGAACGGGAGUUCCCUCGCCAAAUCCAACAAUUUUCGGUCCCUCAACGCUUAUAUGAUCUCAAACCGAACCCUUGUCUGUCAGGAGGAUACCUUCUUCUGGAGAGGACCGGUUCUUGGAGGGGACUACAGCUGCCUCAUGGUCAACCUCGUGUUCACAAGGGACGACGUCUUCUACUUCAGCACGGUUUUCUUCCCCGGGAUGGUCUUGGUUACGAGCUCCUUCAUAACGUUUUGGCUGGAGUGGAACGCCGUCCCUGCUCGCGUCAUGAUCGGCGUCACCACCAUGCUCAACUUUUUCACCACGUCCAACAGUUUCCGCGAAUCCCUGCCGGUGGUGUCCAAUCUAAACGCCAUGAACGUGUGGGACAGUGUCUGCAUGUUCUUCAUUUAUGUGUCUUUACUAGAGUUCGUGGUGGUGAACUACGUCGGAAGGAAGAGACCCAAACACAACAUGGCCUACAUGCCUGGAGAGAAUGCGGUCAUCCAGGUAUUAAUAGAGAACAAACAUCGGAUCCCGCAAGCCAUCCACCGGAUUGGCCUCAGUUUGACGGAACGGAUGCGGCCAGGUGGUCCUGUAGGGUCUUCGGGCACCGAGGUGGCGUCGGGCAACAGAAAUUCUCAUGAACUCGUGUCUUGCGCCAACUGCGGCAACUCCCAGUGUUCUCACACCAAUGCCCCUAACAACUGCCCCAACGGAGAGGUAAUGUCAAAGUCUGUUACAUGUCCACGUUGA